AUGUUUUGGCGCGCUGUUGAGUAUCCUCCCAUAUUACAACCCAAGAUUGAAAACCGCAUAACCGCAUUUCUUCUUCCGUUAUACUUUUUCAUACUUUGAAGAAAAAAAUCCCUAAAUCCAAUUCACUGCGAGAUGAAAAUCUCCGAAACCGAUGGUAACGGUGACGACGGCGACGAUCGGCGUCUCAGUCUCAUCGAUAUUUCUUCCGCCGACGAUUCUCUCAUCGUCAACCCAUUCUGCACUUCAAAUUUGAAAGAUGAAUUCGACGACGCUGCCGCCAAAAUCAACGAGUGGGAGCGGGAACCUCGUCAAAUUGCGGUCGAAAAUACUAAGUGUAAUUUGCGGCAGAGUUUAGCUUGGGAUACGGCUUUUUUCACAAGUCCUGGUGUUUUGGAGCCUGAGGAGUUGAGUAGUAUGAUUGUGGGUGUUGAGAAGGGUGAUAAGCGUACAUCAUUGUUACCGGUGAUUCAAGAGGAUGUAAAGGGAUCAUGUGAGUCUGUCUCUACCUUUGAAAGUAGCAAUGGCUUGACGCGGAAGAGCGUAGAGGAUGAUCUGUUUCGAGAUGUAAGAGCUUCGAUUCAGAACUUUAGCAGGAUGGCCGAUGUGGCAAGGUUAAAGAGAGAAGGUCUGCCCGGGUUUCAUCCUGGUGGCUCUUCUAAAGCGGUUGGCGUGGCUUCUUCUAAGAAGGUCCCAAGUUCCAAGAGUCCAAGUGCAGGUAUGCAAAGCACAAGGAAGUUACCAAAGAAGAAUCCUAUUUCUCCACACCUAUCACGUAAACCUGUUGCUAGAAGGGAAGAGACAUGUAUUUCAAAGCAACAAAAGACACUAGGAAAGUCUAGUCCGAGUUCAAUUGUGGUUAGAAGUUCCAUUGGUGGUCUUCAUGUCAAAAGCGAAAAGGAGAGGGAAAAUAAUCAUAAUUGUGGUAAGGUCAAUUCUGUGAUGAACACAACUGUCGUUAAGGGUUCUCACGUUAAUGGGCUUAAACCCAUCACAUUGUCCAAAUCCUCAUUAGGCCGACCAGUUGCUACAAAAGCAAAAUCGACAAUUUGCUCAUCUUCCACUAGCAACUUAUCCUGUAAUAUUAGCAAAUCACCACCCAAUUCCUUGAAAAGAAAAGUUGAUGCUGGAACCAAAAAAUCACCCACUUCUGGCUCAGUUGUCAGAACACCAUCAAGAAUUGCUUCAAAAGAUAAAAUUGGGUCUAGCAAUUCUACUUGCUCAGUUGUCAGAACACCAUCAAGAAUUGCUUCUAAAGAUAAAACUGGGUCUAGCAAUUCUACUUGCUCAGUUGUCAGAACACCUUCAAGAAUUGCUUCAAAAGAUAAAAUUGGGUCUAGCAAUUUUAGUCUUUCAAGCUUGGUGGCUGUCACAAAGUUCUCUUCUAGUAAUUCACCUGCCAGCUCUAUUAGCGAUCGGUCUUCUGACUCAUCAUCGUCAACUUCUAUGAAUAAAAUUAGGUCUAACAGUUCUAGGACUACCUUUUGCAGUAGCUCUAGCAAAAAGCAUUUGCCAAGGAAUAAUGCUCAACAUGUUUCGAAUUCUCAAAAAUCUCAAACUGGUUCGCCCUUAGAAGGGAAGGAGACUCGGAAUUCUGGAUCCAUCAACCAGUGUGUAAGGGGGGCUACUGCCGCAGAAAUGGUUCUUACCCACUCUCCCAAGAAACCUUUAUGUCUUCGACGGCCAGCACCCAAGAUUGGCUUCUUUGAAGGGGUGAAACCCUCAGUCCGCAAUCCACAUGAAGUGAUGCAACCACGCUCUACUGCGCCACAAAAUAGGGCCAGUCCUUCUAAAGGCCAAAGCAAAGGAAAGCUUGGAAAGCUGCAAUCACCAAGAUCAAUCAAAUCAAAUAAAAACAAAGUGUUCAAUAACAAGCAAGUGUUGCAUCAAGCUACUCUUAAUAAAUCACCAGAUGAUGGAAUUAAAACUUCUAUGUCUUUGCAGCAUGUAGAAACCUCUGCUCUUGUGCCCAAGGAAGUUCAAAACCAAAAGCAUCUUAAAACUGAUGCGGGUAAUUUGGAUGCCAAUAAUACGAUGGUCGAAGGGCACCUGAUAGGUGCAAAUGAUCUAAAACAUGACUUCGCACAGGAAAAGUCUUGUUAUGAUGAUCAAGUUGAUUGUUUGACCAGACAAGUUGAGCUUAUGGAUAUAAAUUUGAAGACACAAACAUAGCGCAAUGGUAAUAAUGUUUCUCUUAGCAUGAUAAAUCUAUAAGUAUGAUGUUGUCAAGUGCUAACUCUUAAGGUGGUUACUGUUUCUCCUAGAUGGGAGUAAUUCUUGAAGGGUCAUUACUUCAUUGACUGAGCUUAUUGCCAAUACAAUUCUGAUAUGCUAGCUUGAUCGAGGUCUUUU